AUGGAAUGUCGUCCGUAUUUCGUUAACAAGCUGAAGAAAGUCUAUAUUUGUCCCGUUUGCAAUGAAGUUAUGACUGAGCCAUUCCUGUUUUCAUCUUGUGAUCACAGUUCCUGUAAAAGCUGUUUGCAACAACUUCUUAGAGAUCGCCAACAGUGUCCUGUCGAUGGAAUAAACAUUGUGGAAGAGGAAUGUGAAGUUGAUACGGAAUUACAACAACGAAUAGCAAAGCUACAAGUACAGUGUGCAAAUAGGAAUAUAGGUUGUGUGUGGCAGGGCACUUAUAAUCAAUUUCAGAGGCAUUUAUCUGACGAAUGCAAAUUUCAAAGUAUCCAAUGUCCCCACAACUGUGGCGAGAGAAUCAAUGAUUGCAGCUUGGAUGAUCACGUACAAAAUCAUUGUCAAUAUAGAAUCAUCCGAUGCCAAUUUUGCGAAAACAGAAUAGAAGCAAGGAAUAUGGAAUCUCACUGGGAUCAAUGCGAUGAAUUUCCUGUCCAGUGUCCCAUCGAUCAUGAAUGCGAUGAAGUACCUCGUGGAAAGUUGCAAGAACAUAUUGACUCGCAAUGCCAGUAUGUCAUUGUUGAUUGCCCGUUUCAGAAAGAUGGCUGUAAUUAUAGGGCUGAAAGAGGAAGCAUGAAAAAACAUUUUCGUAAAGAUGCGAUUAAUCAUCUGAUACUAUUAAAAUCCUUAUUAGAUAGGCAAAGAGAUAAAGUUGCUCAACAGCAUGAAAUAAUCGCAGACCAAUGUAAAAAGAUAAUGGAAUUAAAGAAAUCAAUGGAUACUAGCUAUGUUUGGAGAAUUAAUAAAUUCAGCCAGAAGUUGGAUAAUGCUCGACAUUCGAAAAGUCACUCUAUCUUAAUAAGCGAUCCUUUUUAUAGCCACCGACAUGGCUAUAAAUUAUGCGCAUUAAUGUAUCCAAAUGGUGAUGGCAAUGGUAAAUCGACGCAUGUAUCUAUCUUUGUUCAUUUACUUAAGGGUGAAUAUGAUGGAGUUUUGUCUUGGCCAUAUGAAUACAAGACAACUUUUGAACUUGUUGAUCAAAGCGAUAAUGUAUCAGACAGGGAAAAUAUUUCUUAUAGCAUUAUACCUGAAUAUACUGCAGCGAAUGCUAAAUUCUUUUCUAGACCAGAAAACGACGCUAAUUUAAGUUUUGGUAGUUCAACAUUUGUAUCUCAUAAAGUAUUACAAGAUCGGCGUUAUAUCAAAGACGACACAUUUUACGUAAAAAUUGUUUUACAACGUAUUAUCUCUCACUAA